UCAUAACGUCCACGUCUCCAUUUCCUCAUCAUCUCCAUCCAUCCAUCCAUCCAAAUCAGCAGCAGAAAUCAUCUCUUCUUUCUUUCUUUCUGUCUUUUUCCAAUCGCAAUGAACAAGAUAGAAAGAGCGCAUCAGAUGUACAGGGAUGGUAACUACGAACAAGCCCUAGAAUUCUACACUCAAGCCCUUUCCAUUGCCAAAACAAAUCCUCAGAAGAUCGCCCUUCACAGCAAUCGAGCCGCUUGUUUUCUCAAACUCCACCGCUUUAAAAAGGCAGCAGAUGAAUGUACUUCAGUGCUGGAGCUCGAUUAUGAGCAUACAGGAGCGUUGAUGUUACGCGCUCAAACUCUUGUCACUCUCAAAGAGUACCACUCGGCGCUGUUUGAUGUAAACCGCCUCAUUGAGUUAAAUCCUUCCUCAGAAGUAUAUCAAAAUCUCGAAGCCCGUUUAAAAACACAACUGUCUCUCGCUCCAAUACCAGAGGAUGAAACCGAGCUAGAAGAAGAUGAAGAGGAUGAAGAGGAAGAUAACAAAAAUGAAGAGUCGACUUCAUUAGAACUAGCAGUAAACCAUAGCCAUGACUCAAAUGGACCCGCGUCCAAGGAUGAUGUCAGCAACCCGGAAAGCGUUAAAAUUACCAUCACUACCCCUCAAACUCAAAGCCCAAAGGAGGAGAUUCCAAAGCCGAAAGGGCAUUCGCGUCUUGAUUACUCAAGAUGGGAUAAAGUUGAAGAUGAUAGUAGUGAAGAUGAAGAUGAUGAAGAAGAUUCUCAACCUCAGUAUCGGUUUCGUGUAAAAAAUAUUGGUGUAAGGUCAGUGAAGUAGUUAAACGCGUGAAUGAGCAUAGUAUAUUACUAUCAUACCCCUGGCCUCUCAGCCUUGCGUCGUACAAGAGUGAGGACGAACGGUAUGCAAGAUGAUACCUUGUACAGGUUUUAGUAGAGUUGGCGAUUUCAAAUCGGAUAUUAUUUAAAAUGGGUGUUUAAUAAUCUUAUUUAAUACAUAAAUUACUUGUAAAAGAAGUGUACAAACAAAUGUAGGCGGGUCCAGUGGUGCAUGUCCGCCUAUCGCAAACAGUUUUGACUCGUAUUAAAAAGUUAUUUGUGUUAAUCUGUU